AUGGUUUAUUGUGGCAAGCCCUCGAGGGGCUGCCAGAUGUGCAGGGCCCGCAGAAUCAAGUGCGAUGAGACGAAACCGACCUGCAACCAAUGCGCCAAAUCGAGGAGACAAUGCCCGGGCUACAAAGAUGAGUUCGAUCUCGUCUUCCGCAACGAGACCCAAGCCACCGAGAGGCGGGCUCGAAAGGCCAACAAGAAGGCCAUGGCUCAGAAGCAGGGCAAGGCCACUAGUUCUCGGGAUGCCCCCAAAACCUCGACCACCACCAAGCCGAGUCCUGACCAGUCCAUCAUAACCACACUCCAGCUCCCCGUGGACCAGCAGGCUACGUGUCACUUCUUGUCCAACUUUGUUCUUCUCCCUUCCCACGACAGCACCCGAGGAUGGAUGGAGUUUGUCGUCCCGCUACUCAAGUCCGAGAAGCCCGCUCCUCAUUUCAAACUAGCAUUUGACGCCUGCGCCGUCGCCUCUCUCGGAAACCGCGUGGGACCUGGGAGCAAUUUCGAGAGCGAAGCUCUCGGUUAUUACACUAAAGCCCUCGCCGCUACAUUCACCGCCCUGAAGGACCCCGAGGCACGCAAGGAGGAUUCUACACUGGCUGCCGUUCUCUUGCUGGGGUUGUUUGAGAAUAUUACCGCGAAGCAGUUGGGCAUGCUGGCAUGGGGCUCUCACAUCGAAGGAGCCAUUCAGCUGGUCAAGGCCAGAGACAAGAAGCAGUCCCGAACCAAGACAGGGUUGGCACUUUUUGUAGCCACAAGGACGCAAAUGAUUAUCCACACGUUGAGCACAGGCAAGGCUCCUAUCAUGGGCGUCGAGUGGUGGAUCACAGACGGCAUCAAGAACCGAUACGGAGCCGAGUGUCAGCGACUCAACAUCCGGACAGCAGAGCUCAGGGCUGAGGUCAACCGCUUGAUGACAACCCUGUCUCGGAGCCCCGAGAACGUGGAGCUGCUGCUGGACAUGAUCCGGCGCUGCCAGACUCUGGAUCAGCACCAUGUCACCUGGAUCAACGAACUUCCCGAGUACUUCAGAUUCAAGGCUGUUGCUUGGGAGGAUCAUGUCCCUAAUGGCAACUAUGCCCUGGCGGAGGUGUUCCCGGGACGAGUGGACGCAUACCAAGACCUGUGGGUCGUCAGCGUUUGGAAUCUUAUGCGAUGCUCCCGGAUCAUCCUGGCAUCGCUGAUCGUGCGCUGUGCCGCGUGGGUAUGCGCGCCCGUGGAUUAUCGAACGACGCCCGAGUACGCGACAGCGGCCAGGGCCUGUGUCGACAUGAUCACGGACAUCAUCGCUUCGGUCCCCUACCAGCUCGGUUGGUUCUCCAAGCGCAAGGAGCUCCUCGAGCGGGCCAACCUGUCUGCGUUUGGCUGCGGAGAGGAGGAUGCCCUCAAGGGACUGCCGGGAUACUUCCUUACAUGGCCCCUGACAUGCGUCCAGGGUCAGGACUACACGACCGACGCUCAGAGGGCAUGGGUCAAGGGUCGACUACAGUUCAUUGGCAACCAGCUCGGGGUGAGAUAUGCCAAUAUUCUCAAUCAGCUCAACCUCCGAGUCCCAUCCAUGCUCAUCCGCCGGGAUGGUCUCAUGGCUAACCCCUACCCGAUGGCGCAUAACUUUGAGAAGCUGCUAUCGGCGAGGUCGGCCCCGCCCUCGGCUGGGUAUUCCAUGAACCCCAUCCAGCAGCGGGAGGCGAUGCACAAGGAGCAGGUGGAGCGGGAGAAGACUGAGCUGCUUACAAAGGCCAUGGGGAGCUUGGAUAAGCUCGACGAGACGUGGUGCAGCACUGAAGGGUGGUUCAUCCGCGCCGCGUAA